AUGCUGCAGCGGGCGACGUUGUGGCUUCUGCUCGUUCUGGUGAUUCCCACAGUUCCCAAGGACGUGGCAGAGGAGUAUGCCACCAACUUCGUGCAGCGGAAAGUGGGGCGAAUAGCUGCUUCAGUCAAGGACACGUCACGCGCUGCGGUCAAGCCUUGGCAAGUGCGUAAGUACGUUGGCGUCACCUUCCACAAGUCUGGCACGGUGUUUUUGAGAGACCUGUUUAUCCAUCUUUUUGACGCGCUCGGCGCAGGCCCCUUCGAUAUCGGGUGGACAUCUUCGUACAACAGCACCGAUUGGGUCAAGAACCAUACAAAUGUCCUUUUUCCAGAGGCGCCCAUCCAGCUGAGGACAGACACGUGGUGGCCCGCCCUGGAGCAAGAGAUACGUGAAGCUGCAGCACCUCAACCGAUCCGCAUCGCAGCAAUCGUUCGGGAUCCGCUAGAUAUGGUCGCCUCAGCCUACUGUUAUCAUCACCGCGGCGAGGAAAGCGACAACCUGCAGUUCUUCCCUCAAGGUACCUUGCAGUCCAUGGGCCCCAAGGAAGGGACGGCCUUUGUUGCAGAGAGAAUGUUUGGGGUAGUCCAGAACAUGACGGAAAGCUUCGAGACCCCCAAAGAGGACAUCUUGGUGAUAAGGUAUGAGGACAUCACCGCCUCAUCCAAGGGGUUCGAUGAAGCCACGGGGAAGCUGUUGGACUUCUUCUUCGCGGGUUUACUUUCUCAGGAGGAGUACAACUCUACACUGGAGGCCAGCAGACAAGUAGACUUGAAUCGGUUUCCACUUCCAGAUAAAGAAAAGGGCCACACGAGCGAUGCCGCUUGCGUCGCAGAAGCGAAGCAGGCUGCGUUGGCCAUGCCAGGAGACCUCCUGGCACCGUUUCACUCAUUCCAGCAAAGGCUUGGAUAUCCGGUUGCUUGA